GGCCUUUCGGAAUGCGAGGGAACAGCGCGCGCCGGGCUCCGCCCAGCUCUGUUCCGCUCCGCAGAGCCGGCGCGGCCAGGGCGCGGGGAGGACGGCCCUUGGUCCCAGCCUUCGCAGCCCCACGCGCUCCUUCUGCCGCGGGACCGGGGUCCCCCGGCCGCUCCCCUGAGCCCUGAGCGCGCGGCAGACGGGAGCUGGGCUGGCGCUGGCUGCGAGGGAGGGAGGGAGAGCGAGCAGAGUCGCGAGCUGAGUCGCGUGCGCCGGCGCGCAGCUCCGGGCCACCCCGGCCGGCCCGUGGCCGCCAGACUCCGGCUGCCCGUGGGAGGGGCUGUGCGCUCGCUACCCGUCGAGGACCGCAGCUGCUUGGCCGAAGUGCACCGGUCGAGUCCGCGCGACGGCCCCCGCGGGACAGGUCCCUGGAUGAGAAAGAGCUGACAGCAGCUGAGUGCCACCUUCUCUGCGUGCUGGGGAGCGGGGCUGCACGGCCCAAGUGGCAUCAAUGCCUAAGAACAGCAAGGUGACCCAGCGUGAGCACAGCGGUGAGCAUGUCACCGAGUCAGUGGCCGACCUGCUGGCCCUUGAGGAGCCCGUGGACUAUAAGCAGAGCGUGCUGAAUGUGGCCGGGGAGGCAGGCAGCAAGCAGAAGGCUGUGGAGGAGGAGCUGGACGCAGAGGACCGGCCGGCCUGGAACAGCAAGCUGCAGUACAUCCUGGCCCAGAUCGGCUUCUCCGUGGGCCUCGGCAACAUCUGGAGGUUCCCCUACCUGUGCCAGAAAAAUGGAGGAGGUGCCUACCUGGUGCCCUACCUGGUGCUGCUGAUCAUCAUCGGGAUCCCACUCUUCUUCCUGGAGCUGGCCGUGGGCCAGAGAAUCCGCCGCGGCAGCAUCGGUGUGUGGCACUACGUGUGCCCCCGCCUGGGUGGCAUCGGCUUCUCCAGCUGCAUAGUCUGCCUCUUUGUGGGGCUGUAUUAUAAUGUGAUCAUUGGGUGGAGCAUCUUCUACUUCUUCAAGUCCUUUCAGUACCCGCUGCCCUGGAGUGAAUGUCCUGUCAUCAGGAAUGGGACCCUGGCAGUGGUGGAGCCAGAGUGCGAAAAGAGCUCAGCCACCACCUACUUCUGGUAUCGAGAGGCCUUGGACAUCUCUGACUCCAUCUCGGAGAGUGGGGGCCUCAACUGGAAGAUGACCCUGUGCCUCCUCGUGGCCUGGAGCAUUGUGGGCAUGGCUGUCGUCAAGGGCAUCCAGUCCUCGGGGAAGGUGAUGUAUUUCAGCUCCCUCUUCCCCUACGUGGUGCUGGCUUGCUUCCUGGUCCGAGGGCUGCUACUGCGAGGGGCGGUCGAUGGCAUCCUACACAUGUUUACUCCCAAGCUGGACAAGAUGCUGGACCCCCAGGUGUGGCGGGAGGCAGCUACACAGGUCUUCUUCGCUCUGGGGCUGGGCUUUGGUGGCGUCAUUGCCUUCUCCAGCUACAACAAGCAGGACAACAACUGCCACUUUGAUGCUGCCCUGGUUUCCUUCAUCAAUUUCUUCACCUCGGUGCUGGCCACCCUCGUGGUGUUUGCUGUGCUGGGCUUCAAGGCCAACAUCAUGAAUGAGAAGUGUGUGGUCGAGAAUGCUGAGAAAAUCCUGGGGUACCUCAACACCAACGUGCUGAGUCGGGACCUCAUCCCACCCCACGUCAACUUCUCCCACCUGACCACAAAGGACUACAUGGAGAUGUACAAUGUCAUCAUGACCGUGAAGGAGGACCAGUUCCCAGCCCUGGGCCUAGACCCCUGCCUUUUGGAGGACGAGCUGGACAAGUCCGUGCAGGGCACAGGCCUGGCCUUCAUCGCCUUCACGGAGGCCAUGACGCACUUCCCCGCCUCCCCGUUCUGGUCCGUCAUGUUCUUCCUGAUGCUCAUCAACCUGGGCCUGGGCAGUAUGAUCGGGACCAUGGCGGGCAUCACCACACCCAUCAUCGACACCUUCAAGGUGCCCAAGGAGAUGUUCACAGUGGGCUGCUGUGUCUUUGCAUUCUUCGUGGGGCUGUUGUUCGUCCAGCGCUCCGGAAACUACUUUGUCACCAUGUUUGAUGACUACUCGGCCACCCUACCACUCACUCUCAUCGUCAUCCUCGAGAACAUCGCUGUGGCCUGGAUCUAUGGAACCAAGAAGUUCAUGCAGGAGCUGACGGAGAUGCUGGGCUUCCGACCCUAUCGCUUCUAUUUCUACAUGUGGAAGUUUGUGUCUCCGCUGUGCAUGGCAGUGCUCACCACCGCCAGCAUCAUCCAGCUGGGGGUCACACCCCCGGGCUACAGUGCCUGGAUCAAGGAGGAGGCUGCCGAGCGCUACCUGUAUUUCCCCAACUGGGCCAUGGCCCUCCUGAUCACCCUCAUCGUCGUGGCGACCCUGCCCAUCCCCGUGGUGUUCAUCCUGCGGCACUUCCACCUGCUCUCCGACGGCUCCAACACCCUCUCUGUGUCGUACAAGAAGGGCCGCAUGAUGAAGGACAUCUCCAACCUGGAGGAGAACGACGAGACCCGCUUCAUCCUCAGCAAGGUGCCCAGCGAGGCUCCCUCCCCCAUGCCCACCCACCGCUCCUACCUAGGACCGGGCAGCACAUCACCCCUGGAGAACAGUGGCAACCCCAAUGGACGCUAUGGGAGCGGCUACCUCCUGGCCAGCACCCCUGAGUCGGAGCUGUGACCACCGCCCGGACCCCACCCACCUCUGCCCCUACAUCCAGCCCACCCACCUGUCCAGGCCUGGCCUCUUCCUCCAUGGUGCCCACUGGGCCCAGGCCAGGCUGCUGCCCAAGGAGAGGGGGUCCGCCCUGCCUCAUUCCCUCCUUCAGUUCCAGCAGACUCUGCUCCCCAGCCCUGAGCAGGGGGCGGGAACAGCUCUGUCCCCCAGUUCAAGCCCCCAACCCAUCUAACCCUCUGAGAGCCUCUCACCAAACUGCAGCUGUCGUCGGAACACUGCAGAAGUCCUGAUUCCCAGGGCAGGGGAGACUCCAAGUGGCCACUGUAGGAGUCACUCCGCCCUCCCCCUCUCCCUGUGACUUGCCGUCUGCAGUUCUUAGGGCUUGGGGGUCCCCCUGUGCUGCCAGGUAGUGGUGGUGAGAGGCACUGGGGCUGGGGAUGGGUGGUGGGCUCUAGCUCAGUCUGCCACGCCCAGACCAGGCUGCUCCUGGGCUGAGAGCCCCUGAUUGAAGGCUGAGCCUGGGAACAGGUGCGCUAGGGCUCGGGGCUUAGACUUGGGAGGGGUAUGCAGAAGCCAGCAAGUUCCGUUUCCUGAGUUUGGGGGGGGCCCUCUUGAGUAAGAGCCCUGGCAUCAGGGAUGAGGCUCCUGGGCUCCUGGUGGAAUAUUCAGAUGUCCUUGCCCCUGCCUGGGGUGGGUGGGGAGUGUUCCUGCAUCUUGCCUGGGAGGGCAGUGACUGGGCCCAGAACCCUUCCCCACCUGGAUUAGGGCUUAGCCAUCUCCCUGCCCUCCCACCCCCAGAGCCUAGAGUGGUGGCCUCUGCCUCUCUCCUGGAAAGAGAAAGGGACAAUGCAAAGAGAGGUUUCCAGAGUACAAACUGAUGGUUCCCAGCACAAUUUAGAUGGUUUGGAGCACAAUUGUGAAGCACACAUCUCCUCCCCUCACCUGUGGCCCAAUUUUCUCUCUAGUGGCAGCUUUUCCCCUGGAAUAGAGGUCCCUGGGGUUCAGGGGCUCAUCCCCAGGUAGCCUCGCUCCUGGGGAAAGACAGAUAAUCUCACUGCCCCUUUGGGCCACCACUCACUCCUUGUUGCACAAGCACAGCCCCCCAGUGUGCAUGUCGUGUGCAGACCCCUAGGAAACCUUUCCCAAGCCUCCUGGGCCGAUGGCAGGCAGUGCUGUGGACAUAGGAGGCUGCCAAGGGCAAAGGCUGAGCCUCUGUCCUGAGGCCUUGCCCCUGCAGGAGGCUAGGACUGAAGGCUCCAUCCCCACCCACUGUUACCUCCAGGGCCUGGAGGAGGGAAUGUCCUCAGAGCCUGGGAGGAUUCAGAACCUGACCUGAAAAUAAAUGCCUGCAGAGAAAUGGA